AUGUUCAGACUGGCACGAGCAAGUAUUUUGAGCCGUUCAGGGCUCGGGCUCAACGCAUCCAGAGUGCGGUAUAAUUCUUCUGGAUCGCUUUUCAACGAGGUCACCAAAGUGCCUACUACUCCCGAACCCGUCCAAUCAUCGACACCUGAGAAAAUCACCUCGCCAGAACAGGAUACCAGACUUCAGGAAUAUUUGAACCCAGAACCGUUCCUGGCCACAAAGUCGCUUGUGUCUCCUCUUAAAAGUCAACUGUUCAACGAGAAUGUCAAGAAAAACGGAUUUUUCAUCAACGACGAGAUCAUGAAGUUGGGCGACGAAUCAUACAAACUCCAUCUCACGAGAGAUGAGAUCCAGGCCCUUGAGCCGUCCGUGUACUUGAGAUCUUGGAGAAUCAAGUCGUCUGUCAAAAAGACUAAUAUUGUGUUGCGUGCUUUGAAAGACAUGCCUUUGAAGAAAGCCAUCACCCAACUUCACUUCUUACAGAAAAAAGUGGCAAGACCAUUAGCUGAGAUGCUUGAAAGAGGUGUGGAGGACGCAAAGAAGAUGGGUUACGAUCCAAAUAAGCUCUAUAUCUCCGAGUCGUGGGUUCACACAGACGGUCAAUGGGUUAAACGUCCUGACUUCAAAGGACGUGGACGUUCGGGUAUCUUCCUGCACAGAUACGUCAGCGUUCGGUUCUUGCUCAAAUCAGAGCAGACACAAAAGAGACUUGCAUACGAGAGUGAACAGAGACUGCUCAGAAAACCGGUUUGGAAUAAUUUGACCAAAACCAAAAUCAUCGCUGGUAGCGGACAUAAGACGGUAAAGCCAAUUCCCGUGGUGAUGGAGCCGUCUGGCUACCUUACGAAGAUGCUGCGGAAGUCCGGGGGUUCGGAUUAUCUUCCCCCAGCUGACUCGGUGGUGCCGACUCUUCAAUCUGAAACCCGUUUUUAUCUGUACAAGUUCGACGAAAAGACACCCGAAGGUCAAAAGAUUGCGCUAAUCAACGAUAAAUCGUACUAUAGGGUUGGAAAAGAUCGCAAAACCAACGACAUUGUGCUGGAUGACGAGCUAGUUUCGUCUAGCCAUGCUGUCAUUCAGUUCAGAAAGAUUAAUUCCCGAAUUGUCGCAUACAUCAUGGAUCUAGGGUCCACAAAUGGAACGUUUCUACAGGAUCAAGAGCUUCCUCCAAAUAAAUAUGUUGAGCUGAGGCACAAAGACGCGAUACAAUUUGGAGAUCCAGAAUCAGAAGUGGAGUUUGUUUUUAUACAGGACUGA